AUGCCCUCCACCCUCACAGCCCUGCUCUGCCUCGGGCUGAGCGUGGGCCUGAGGACCCCUGUGCAGGCAGGGACCCUCUCCAAACCCAACCUCUGGGUUGAGGCAGGGUCUGUGAUCCCCUGGGGGAGCUCAGUGACUAUCUGGUGCCAUGGGAUCCUGAAGUCCCAGGAGUUCCGUCUGGAUAAAGAGGGAGGCCUAGCAUCCUGGAAAACAGAGAAGCCACUGGAUCCUGGGAACAAGGCCAAGUUUUCCAUCACACAGAUGACAGAGUACACUGCAGGGAGAUAUCACUGUUACUAUCUCAGCCAAGGUUUCUGGUCAGAGCGCAGUGACCCCCUGGAGCUGGUGGUGACAGGCGUCUACAGCAAACCUAGCCUCUCAGCCCUUCCCAGCCCUGUUGUGACCUCAGGAGAGAAUGUGACUCUCAAAUGUCACUCAGAUGAGGGAUUUGGCAAGUUUGUUCUGACUAAGGAAGGAGAAGACAGGCUCUCCUGGACCCUGGACUCAGAGCAAGGCGCCAGUGGGCAGUUCCAGGCCCUGUUCCCUGUGGGCCCCAUGAUCCCCAGACAGAGCGGGACUUUCAGAUGCUAUGGUUAUUACAGGAGCAAACCUCUGGUGUGGUCACCACCCAGCGAUCCUCUGGUGUUCCAGAUCUCAGGUAGGGAGCCUCAGUCCUCACCUCUCUCUGUCCUUGAUUUGGUUAAGGGUCUUGCCCAGAAUAGCCCCAAUCUAGGACAAGAGGAUGGAGCACAGAGGGCCCUUCCAUCCCUGCCCCUUCCUCAGGGACCCACGGCAGACACAGGAGAUGAGUAUGAGCAAAUAAAACAUCUCCUGGUAGGAGAGGGAUGCUUUACACAUUACCCUCCUCUUGCCUUUUUCCCAGGACCUCCUGGGGUCUCCAGUCCCCCACCCCCAGGGCACAUCUCCACAGCUGAGAGGAAUCCUGCCUCAGACCUCAAAAGAUACCACACUUCUGACCCUGCAGGUCUUCAAAAGUACCAGAAAAUUUUGAUUGGAGUCUCUGUGGCUUUUGUCCUGCUGCUCUGCUUCCUCCUCUUCUUCCUCUUCCUCUUCAAGCACCAGAAGAAAUACAGAAAGUCAGGUGUUUCAGACCCUGAAGUUAAGACCAGAGCACUACAGGAAAGCUCCAGCUCCGUGGCUCCUGUUCAGGGGGAGAACCAGUGCAAUCAGAGAGGAGGUUCUUCCAUGAGAAAUUCCCAAUCUGAGGAAGACGAAGUGAUGGACAGUAAGGAUACUCCAUCUGAAGACCCCCAGGAUGUGACCUAUGCCCAGCUGAACUGCAAGACCCUCAAACGAGCAGCAAGUGCACCCCGUUCCCCCCCUUCAGAGGAGCCCCCAGAUGAGCCCAGUGUGUACGCUGCUCUGGCCGUCCACUAGCUAGCCCAGAAAGGACCCAGACCCCACACUUUAGAGAGGGGGCCUGCAGGGACCCCAGAUGGCAUAGGGGCUGUCCCCUUGGAUGCUCAGCUACUGACCUGAAGUCUGAGGGUGUUCUGUAAGCAAGCAAGAUACCAUAAGACCUAGAAGUCACCUCGUUCUGCAGAGGAAGAUAACCAUGAACUCUGUAUUUUUAUUUUUUCUUUUUUAAUAUAUUUUAUUGAUUAUGCUAUUA